AUAUUGCUAAACAGGAAGAGAUGGAAAGUGCUGCAUCAGAGGAAAGAUUCGUAACUCUGAGUCUGACAUCUGGUGCCUCGAUACAGAUACCCAUGGGAGCAAGGUUUGUUGGGAUCCCAGGAACAGAGUCUGCUGAGAAUCCGCAGGGAACUAUGGUGGAAGUGUACUGGGGAGAAGAUGAUUCAGGUGCUCCUGAAAUAUUGGGCCACUCACCCGAGAAACCUAUACCUUCUGGCCUAAAUUUAAAUAUCCCCAAGUCAACAGCUACAGAACUUCAAGGAAUUGUCAUUCAUCCUAGCCAAGUUUCUGAUGUAUCUUUUACCUAGUAAUUAAAGUCAGAUUUUCCUAU